AUGGCGUCUCCUCUGUUAAACACCCCGGUGGAGAUUAUGGACAUGAUACUCUCCCAUCUCUCUUCUGACGACUUGCGCGCGAUUUGCCUUAUAAACAAACAUUUGCGCGCUCUCGCUGAGCCGUUCCUCUACUCUAUCAUUGAGUUCAUCUGGUCGCGCAAUCAGACGCCUACAAUAAUCCCACUUUUGCGCAGUCUGCUGCGUCGGCCUUUGCUUGCUAGUUUUGUCCGCAAUCUUGUCUUGUUGGGAGACGAUUUCGAGACAAGUUUACAUCAUUAUCGCCGGGAGGUCCCCAAGCUCCCAGUUGCCGAGAUGGAUUUGGAGGAGUUCGCUGAAUCCAUCAGGGAAACAAAUGUGCCAUAUGGUGACUCCUGGAUACAAAAAUUGCAAGCUGGGGAAAUGGAUGCAUUUGUUGCGCUCUUGUUAUCCCGGCUCCCAAACAUGCGUGGUCUCUACCUGGGCCCAAACUUCACCGCGAAAAACCAACUGGUGGGCCCCAUGUUCCACUCUGCCCUCUGCGAGGACCGCAAAUGUCGCCUGCCUUCCUUCAAUCAUCUUCGAGAUGUGUCUUCUGUGUAUUUCACCCUUGGUAUAGACUAUCGACGCUUCGUGACCUACCGGAAUACACAAGAUGUUCUGCCCCUCUUUUACUUACCCUCUGUUGAACGGAUUUCGACUCUCAUUGAUAACCCGAUCAACUUUACUUGGCCUGCGGGAAACUUACCAAACCCUUCGGGGUUAAAAUCAUUGGAGUUGCUAAUGAUAAGGGAGGGAAAUCUCGGCCAGGUGCUCUCAGUCACCACAGGACUUGAAAAGCUUGCCUGGGAAUGGUAUUACCGGGAUGAUCUUAUGGACCAUUUCGUUACAGAUACUUUCGACUUUGAUCUAAUUGCAGCGGAUUUAUCUCAUGUUCGAAACACUUUAACACAUCUGACCAUCUCUGCUUUCACUGACAUGGCGCGAGCAGACCCGGAAUUCCCACGUAUAUACAUGAAGGGCAAUCUGCACCCCUUUAGCCAGCUUCACAUGCUAAAGGAUUUGAAAGUUCCGCUUCCGUUCGUGAUGGGCUUUUCUCCAGCUGCAUGGGACACCAGGCAUCGAACUGGCGCUCUCCCGAAAGGCCUUGAAUAUCUAACGCUAACCGACGAUCUCUACCUCCAGGAAGAAUGGGAGUGGGAAGAUGCAGACCUGCUGGAGGCCCUCCGACUGUGGCUAGAAAGCUGGAAGAUCUCGACCCCUCACCUUCGACGGCUUCAUUUCCUCUCGGAACAUAUGGCGCACGGGGAAUGGGGCCCCGAUAUGAGACAGCAGCUUAGGGACUUCGGCGCUAAAGCUGGAUUACAAGCCGAAAUGAUCAAAUUAACAGGUGAGAUGCCCCCUUGA